CAACAACCCAAGAUGUCUGCCUUCUUGUACGCACUACAUCGGGAGCUCUUUUGCUUGAAUGUUGAUGAUUAUGAGGUUCAAAAUGGACGGCAAUUGAAACAGAUUGCAUCUGAAUGUUGUGGGGUAAGUCUUAUUCAAUCUUUGUCCAUAAUCUCUUGCCGAAAUGCAAUAAAAAAACAUCAAAUUCUGUUUCCAUUAUUACGGAGGUGCACGGAGUUAAGCUUAUGCUUUAAGACUGAAUCCAUCAGGAAAUUGAGAAAUAUUAAUUUUAAUGGACAAAAGCCUUGUACCAGAAUGAUUUAAAGCAUAUUGCAUUCUUUUUCACAUUUUUCAAGGGCUAAAGAUGUAAUUAGUCAUCUGUAGUAACCCCAAACUAAAUUAAUUUUCCCAUGGGAGCCCGAGAAAAUUAAUGUCAAAUUUCACAAAAUGACAUCUUACACAUGAAAUUUUUAGAAUUUUACCUGUGUUUUCACAAAUCUUGCAUGUGAAUUUUGACAUUAAUUUUCUCGGACUCCCAUGAUAAAUUUUCUUUGGUGUUAUUAUUACAGAUGACAAAUUACAUCGUUAGCCCUUGAAAAAUGGAAAAAAAACAAUGCAAUAUUCUUUAAAUUUUUCUGGUACAAGGUUUUUGUCCACCAAAAAUAUUGAUCUUUGUGUAUGCAAGUCUUCAGAUAUCACAACAAUCUUUGUUAAAGUGUUAAACCUUUUAAAUUGACAUCAAAAAUUAUAAGGUAGCUGUGGACUUCAGCAUAAAGUAAUAGCGUUUAGCCAGAUUUUACUAAAUGAUUCAGCAAACUGUUGCUGUCUUCUAUUUAAGCAUAUACGUCCGAAGCAUAAUCUUGAAAUAUCCUAGAAAAAUAUAUGUAUUAAAAAUUUUAUCUAUUAGUUGUUUCUGAUGAAGUGUUAUUACAUUCAUUUUCAUCCACUCAAAACCAACUGCAACCCUUGUAGCUGGCCGAUGAUAAAUUAUUUUUACACUUUUGUGGUAAAGUUUACAAAGUAAUGUCACUGGUCAAGUCACCAGAAAGUCAUCUCACCCAAACCCCUGAGGUAAUUUGAGCUCUGACAGAUCAGAUACACUGCCUCUUAACCUAGAAACACGUUUUAAAGAAAUACACAUAACACAUGUUAAAUAAAGUGUACUUCUUUUUCUCUGAGGCUGAAAAUAGGAGGAAGAGUAACAAGACAGUGCCUGUGCAGCUGUAUGGGUCCACAGCUUUUGACGACAUACAGUCAAACCACAAUAAUAAAGACACUGAGAAGGCCAUAGAAAGUGUCCUUUUUAAUGGGGUGUCCUUAUUAAGUGGGUUGGAUUUAGAAAAAUGUAACAGUGACAAAGCAAACUGUCCAUAAUAGUGAAGUGUCCAUAUUAAGUGGGUGUCUAUAAAGUGGUGUUUGACGGUAACUUUAUGAUCAUUGUUUGGUCAAGAUGACUUUAAUGUGACUUGUCUAUAAAAUAAUAGUUAUUUACUUAUUAAAUGGUAGGGCAUACCAGUGGAAAAACUGUUUGUCAUUCACAAUGGCCAUGUCAUCGCAGAUAGCAGUAAAGUUCACCUUCAAGCUGGAGAUGUUUGUUACACAGCUCUGCAUCUCCCUGGUGGGAAAGGAGGGUUCGGAUCCAUGCUGCGGGCACUUGGUGCACAGAUAGAGAAGACAACAAACAGAGAAGCUUGCAGGGACUUGAGUGGGAGACGAAUGAGGGAUAUCAACGAUGAGAAAAAGUAGGAAUCCAGAGCCCAGUGGCCCUGGCGUCUAACUUUUGCCCUCAGGCGACUAGAAAAUCUCAGAUUUUUCGUACAGAUCAUAUGCUGGGCACCCUAUAUUUUACAGUUUCAGUGCACUUUUCCUUAGAGCACAGCCAUGAAAUCUUUCAGCUGAUUUUUUUAAAUUUAAACAAAGGUCUCUACACAUAUCAUACUACCAUAACAGUAUGUUGCUUCCCACUGUAGCCAGAAAUGGCGACUGAGAAAACAUUGAUCUUGUUACCUUUAGUAUUUGUGACCACUUUCUUUCUUUUGGGAGUUCAUGACAACUGACCAAACUUUUUAUUGUUUUAUUGUUUUUACGUGUUUAUAUUGAGAGUAAAACCCCCUGUUACUUUUUAAUAGUAUGAGGAGACUUUUGUGGGAGUCGUUACUUUUGGGGAUUGGUUUCUUUUCUGGGAUUUGGAUAGGAUUCUUCAAUAUUUUUACUCUCCCUUUGGCUUGGACUUGUAAGAGAUGUUUUUCAUGAUCUUUUGCUCAGGGAAUUUUUUCUUUGAUCUUUAUAUCUUUUAGAAUAGCUGAGUGGGUUUCUAAACAAGCUGAGAGGGAGCGUGAAAAAGAAAGACAAAAACAACUGCGGAUGGAGAGAAAGAGACAAACGCCUAAACAUACAUUUGAUGAUGCAACGUAUACACAACACAUCCAGGAAACUUGUGAACGAAUUGAAGAUGCCUUGCAGCAAGGUAAAACAUUUUCAUAUUUUCACAUUUGCUGCAGCUGUUGUUCUCUAUCCUUUAUCAAUAAAAAAUUGUCUUUUGGGAACCACCAACAGCCUGUAUGUUACUGCCCCUUGGUAACGAUCAGAAUCAAUACCCAUCCAUUCCUUCCGUCCACCCAUCAAUUCUUCUAUCUGUCUCUUCUUGUUCUGCUGAUUCUCAAAGCAAGGCUGUGGCCCCAGGCGACUAGAAGAUGUUAGUUUUUCCAUAGAAAUAUCAAGCUGAGCACCCUGGAUUUCACAGGUUCAAGGCACUGGGCUCCCUUUGAGUUUUCUUAGAGCACACCCUUGUCAAAGAGCCCUGGAACAGGGCUUUCUGUUUUUUUUUUGUGUUUGGGCAAAAUAAUAACAAAAAUGACAAAGUGAGUAAACUAUUUGCACAGGUCUUAAAGCUGCAGGAAGUUCAGCAUCAACAAGCACUUCAACAUCCUCAGAGAGAACAGCAGUCAAACGUGUCCUUGCUGAUGAACCGUCAACUUCAAGUGGAAGCAAGAAAAGCAGGAUGUUGUGAGUUUCCAUUCAUGUAUCUUUUACAAUCUUUGUCUGCCUAAAAGCAUUGACAAUAAAUUUACUAGACACUUUAUUAUUUUUAACUAUCCCAUCUCUGUUUACAAAAAAGUCUUUUUUCUCAAUGCUCAUAUGUAAGAUCUUCUUUGGAAUUUUUGGUAGAAUGGCCAGCUUGUGUAACAGUGCAGUAAUUAUUGUUGUAUGACAGGCUGGUGGUUAGGUUAGGUUUGCAAGAAAAAAUGUCGUUUACACCAGGGCAAUCACUAAGAGCUUGGGACCAGGGAUUUUUCCCAGCUUCUACAGUGUUGUCAUUAAGAUUUAAUAAUGUAAGUAGCCAGGCUCUUGCGAAAAGUAACAGGUUAUUUAUCGCUUAAAGUCUUCUAUGUUUGUAAUGCUUGACUUAUUUAGAAACUUUGAGUGGCCGGUUGAUUUUACUACAGUAGCCUACUAAAAAAGGCGGCUACUGGCUACAAAUGACAGCCCUGCUUCUAUGAGCAUUACCUCCAGCUACUUCCAUAGGAAACAAAAGGGAAAUAGAACCUAAUUAAGUAGACCUGAAAUCUUAGUGACAACCCCAUUAAAGUGAUUUGAUGAAGUGUUCAGUAAUAUGGCCAGCUGGGAAAGUGGGAGAGCACUUGGGAGGCUGCGAGGUGUUAGUGAUUUGGAACACUCCCCUUCUAAAAACUACCAUAAUGUUUACAGGACUAAACAAUUUUUUGCUUCUUACUGACUAAGUGCAUUUUUUUUUUGUUGUUGACUGACUUAGUACAGCUAUACCACCCAAUUGGUGCCUCUCUCAAUAAGUUGUAUGACAAUAACAGGGAAACCUUUUUUGUUGGUACUCAGGGAUGCUAAUAAAAUGUUAACUGUUUGUUUUGAACCAAAAUCUUAAGACUAUAUUACUAUAAACCUUUUUGCAACUGCUUGUAAAACUGCAGUAAAAAGUACACCCAAUAGCUGUGACUGUCAUUGUUCACAUUCAUAGGUACCAAACCACUUUUAAAGUUUCUGUCAUUUAUUGAAACUUUAGAAGAACAGUUUUUUGUCAUGUUUUUGUCCAGGUUAGGAAUGGAUGAUCUUGACAGCGAUGAAGAUGAUGAAGUGUUAGUUACUUCAAGAGAUGAAAGUAAAGAUAUUCCUGCAUUGUGUACUUCAACUGCGACAUCAUGUACCAGCACCCAUGUUGAACCCUCAACAUCAUAUAACAAUUUUGAAAUCAGACAUUGCAUGGAGACUGGAGCAGAGGAAAUUGUGGGAGAGAAUGAGCUGGAAGUAGAAACCAAAGAUCAAACAAAAGAUUUCCAGGAAAAAGACUCUGAUUCACCGCUAGGAAAAAUAAACCAAGAAGGAGGGCCAAGAGAAGAUAGAGUUAGUGAAAAGGACAAGGUUCCCGACAUACAGCCUGCAGAAAAGGUGAGUGAAGUAAAAGUGUAACAUGUUGUAGUUCACACUAAAAUAUUAUUCUGAGUGUAAUACAUUAUCAUGAAAAUGGCAAGCAAGAAAGGAAAACGGUGUGUUGUAACCCAGGAUUGAUUUUAUGUAUGACUGUCAUCAGGGUUGUCAAAAGUAGCCAGCUGCUGUUGAAAAUUCCCGCCUAUUUGGUUAGUAUUGGCCAGCUACUCUGCUUGGCAUUUCUUUAUGGAUGGCGUUUUUUAAAUAAAAUAUCCCUGGACUAGCCGCUUACUUUGACUACUCAGCCAUCUACUUCAAAACUUUCUGACAACCCUGCUAUUAUAUACUAUAAUUAUAUUGCAUGAUACCAGGAGGAAACAUAGGAACAGUGAAGUAACUUUUCUUCUUGUAGGUUGAGUUUUGUCUGGAUGACUACACUUCAGCAGAGCAACUUGAAUCAGUAGGAAUGCAAUGUCUUAAGGAGGAGCUGAUGACAAGGGGGCUCAAAUGUGGUGGGACAUUACAGCAAAGAGCUCAGCGGCUGUUUGCUACCAAAGGUGUUCCUCUGGACCAGCUGGAUCCUUCAUUCUUUGCUAAACCAACAGGGAACAAGAAAUCAAAUGGAAAGAAGAAGUAAAGGAGUCCUUCACCUCUAGAAUUUUGAUUUGCCAGUCUAAGCAAACAGGCUCAGUGUUGAAGUUAUGAAAACACUACUUGCCAUCCUAUGAUUGAAUAGUUUAUCAUUCUGAGAAUUGGUACCUACAAUAAGUUGCCACAACUUAAGAUGAAGAUUUUGGGAUGAGUUUAACUGAGUGCAAGCUUUGUGUACUCAAGCUUAAAAUAAUGGACUGUUAUUAGAUUUUGCUGGCAAACGAACCCUGCAUAAUUUUUACAGUUCUGCUUUCUUCUAUUUCUUUCUUUUUCUUUCACAUACCUAGAGAAAGUUGUUCAUUACACUGUAUUUUUUCUUAGAUUUUAUUGUCUCUUCUCUUUUUUAAAAAAGUAAACGAGCUGUACAUGUACCUGGAGUCAAUAAUAGUUAUUAUUAUAAACAUUGAACAAUGAACAAUGUUUUAUUUCAGGUUAAAUACGACAACAAUAAUCCGUCU